CAGCUGACUGUUAUUGCCAAAGAUCCCUGACGCUGGAAGGUUUCGCGGAGGGAAUCAGCAGAGCUCUCAAACUUUAGAGACCGAGGAGAGGAGUAGCGUGCUGUCCGAACGGCAGCAUGUCUGAGUAUCCGCCGUUCCAGUACGGAAAGCCCCGCUUCAACCAGGAAACGUUUCUUGGAAGACUGCGGCACUUCCUGGAUGUGAUCGACCCCAGCACACUCUUCGUGUCAGAGAAACGGCUGCAGGAGUGUAUUAAGUUGCUUGACGGCUUCAAACAAGGAACUCUGCCUCCAGGAGUCACAGACGCUGAGCUAUGGAAAGCCCAGAAGAUAAAGCAGGCCAUCAUCCACCCCGACACAGGGGAGAAGAUCCUUAUGCCCUUUCGGAUGUCAGGUUUUAUCCCAUUUGGCACUCCAGUGAUUGUUGGCCUCCUUCUCCCUAAUCAAACGAUGGCAUCAACCAUCUUCUGGCAGUGGUUAAACCAAAGUCACAACGCCUGUGUGAACUACAGCAACCGCAACGCAUCCAAGCCCGCUCCAUUUUCCAAAUUCUUCCAAGGUUAUGUGGGGGCGGUGACCAGUGCUGUGUCCAUCGCUGUCGGGCUGAAUGUUUUAAUCCAGAAAGCAAACCGAUUAAGUCCAACUGGCAAGCUUUUGGUGCAGAGGUUCGUCCCCUUCCCUGCAGUGGCGAGUGCUAAUAUCUGCAAUGUGGUGCUCAUGAGACACACUGAGCUGUCUGAUGGUAUUGAUGUGAUUGACGACAGCGGGAAGGUGGUGGGGACAUCAAAACUAGCUGCACGUCAUGCACUUUUAGAGACUGCCCUGACCAGAGUAGUCAUGCCCAUGCCAAUCAUGGUGCUUCCUCCCAUGAUCAUGGCUGUCCUGGAAAAGCUCCCUCUCUUGCAGAGACAGCGGAGGCUCGUCCUGCCCGUCCACAGCCUGGUGUGCCUCGCUUCCUUUGCUCUGGCUCUGCCACUCGCCAUCAGCCUCUUCCCACAGAUGUCUCAGAUCAGUGUGAAUCAGCUCGAGCCAGAGAUCGCGACGGCAACAGAUUGUAAGAUUGUGACAUACAAUAAAGGGCUGUGAGCAAUCCUGACCAUCACACGCUCACCGCGGGUCGACCCGCCGUCCGACGCUGCCAGAAAGCGAAUGUGGAGGAGGUAGCAUGCAUUCGUUGAAAAACAGCCGCUGAUCCUCAGAAUACAUGCCAAUACAGAGAUAAUGGUCGCCGAAAAAGCAGCAACAGCUAAAUGUACAUCACAACGCCUCAAAAUAUUAGUGCCCUGACAACAUGGAGACUCCUUGAGCUUUAGCCAAAGAACCUGCUUGUUCUUUCUGGCUGUUGUGGAACCGCUUCUACUGAGAAAAAAAACGUAACACCUUUAAAGAAAUCUCGCUCAAAACGCUUUGAUUUUUCUCUACUCAAAGCUUCGUGCUGAUGCAGAGUCCACUUGCAGAAUAGUGUAAAAUUUGUCCAGCUUUUUAAACAGGCACAUUUAGCUGUUUAAAGUGAACGCAGAAGUGCCUUAGAUUGCAUAAACUUUCUUCCAUUUCUCUCCGUCAGAAGAGUUGUGCUGCUUUUAGACUGAGAGUUUUAGGAAAUUUCUCAUAGGACAAAGUAUUCAGGAAAAAUAUGCUUUCUUGGGGUUUCCCCAUUUUGUGAUUUCCAUUUAUAAAUCUAAGUUAGCAACACUGUGAUGAUGUCAACAGCCAGCCAAUCAUUGGUAGAAAAUGUAAAACAUUUGUGUUGUAUAGAGUUCAAUAAACAACGUACUUCAAUGUC